AUGAGAAAAAGUGGGAUGAAUCUUUUCAAAGGUCCAAGUCGUCACGAUGCAAAAAUCUCUGAAGCAGAUGCGGAAAUCAACAAGAAAACCUGGAACUUAAUGACGGACAGAAAAAUAGUAUAUGACUAUAUAGAACCGGAAUGCAAAGAAUAUUUCAAAUCGGACAGCUACAAAAAUGGUGAAACUGAUACCAAAGGAUAUAAUGUCUGUUGUGAUGUUCUUGAAAUGUGUGGCAUGUCGGGCUGGACGAUCUUCCUGAUCAUUCUGAUCGUUCUUCUGUGUCUUGCGGGUGCAGCUGCUGCCUUCUGGUUCUUCUACUACAAAAGAAAGAUGGGCGGUCGUGAUGAAGAGAAGGAGAUCGAGUCGACUGCUGACAAUACUGGACAUGAUAUCUCGGUGGAGACUUAUUGA